GGCAAAAAACAGUGGGUCAAUGUUGACUUCAACUUACAAUAAAACUGAGGUAACAAAUUCCACACCCAAGACAUACCUACAGAAAUCAUAGUGUUAUGUUGACUAUUGACUUGCCUAUCUUAGUUACAUUGCACUGGCGUAAAGUAAUCGAUUGUAAUAGAUUGACAAAGAAAAAUAUCUAAUCAGUGACAAACUCAUUCAUGCAGUGACACAACAGUGAUGUUUUGUGACCGUUAGACAGUGUCAAUUGGAUAUGGCGCGGUUUAUGGACAUACAAUGGAAAUGGGAGGAUAUGUGCGGGCCGGCAGGCCUGCAACCAUGGAACGAUGUGGACAAAGACUUUGGCGGGUGCUUCCAGGAGUUAUUCCUACAAAUACCAGUCUAUUUUAUCAUAGCUAUAGUGUCAGGUUUCUUUGUUGGAUACAGAAAGGACUGGGUGAUCAGGGAGAAGGCGCAGGAGCAUGUGAUAGUUAUUCGUAGUUUUGUUACAUUAGCACUGGUCUUUAUACCAAUCAUAGAGUUAUACAUAUUCAUUACGAAAAAAGAUUUCAUUUUGUACCCAGUUGAUUACUUUACAGCAGGUUCUGCAAGUUUAGCUUGGGUUGUGCACUUUGGGUAUGUGUUAGCACUGAAGCAUCGACUUGGCGCUAGUUCGCGAGGCCCGUUCAUUCAGUUAGUCCUGUGGUUUAUAUCAGCAUUGCUCACUUCAGUGGCACUGCGCACUAAUAUUAGAAAUGGAUCAAUUAUUGGCUUUGACAUUGCCACACUCUGCUGCCAUGGAGUGUAUCUCUUCACUCUCAUCCCUUCAAGUCACUCUAGGCCAACCUUUUAUUCUCCUUGCCUGGUCGGGUCUCAGCACACACAUAGUGAAUACACUCCACUUCUCCCACAUGUGGAUGAAGGAGUGCUAGGAACUGCAAUGCAAGGCGUAGGGUGUUUCAACAAACUAAUAUUUUCAUGGGUCAAUCCACUACUUGAGAAAGGUUUAGCAAACAAGCUAACUGAUCUAGAGGAGCUAUUUGACAUUCCUGGAAGGUACCGCUGCUCCUAUGUAGCAGCUCGGAUGGACAGAGCAUUGAUUGGCAACAUUGAUCACUACCAGCAAUUUACUGAAGUGCCUCAUGAGCCAUUCAUCACAACAGGAUACGGCGCAGUUGGUGAAUCAAUUCCUCAAGCCUCGACGCCCGUAACACCAACAUCACGUAUUCUAGUACGGCCCCCGCGGAGACAAAAUGUAUCUCUACUUAGAGCUCUGCACAGCUGUUUUGCUGUACAAUUCUACAGCAUUGGUUUGCUGAAACUUGUUUCCGAUAUGGCUGGGUUUGCUGGCCCUAUGUUGCUGAAUAGACUAGUUGCUUUUGUUGAAGAUACCACUAUUGAUCUCCAUUUAGGGUAUUCCUACGCAGCAGGUCUCCUAGCUGCCACGUUAAUAUCUACGUUAUUCAAUGUCCAUUUCAACUGGCUCAUGUCGCUCAUUGGUCUCAAGAUGAGAGGAGCCAUUGUCGCCACGAUAUUAAGGAAAACUCUCAGUGUCACAUCCACCGAACUUACUAAGGCCUUUUCAGUCGGCGAGAUAACGAAUUUCAUGUCUACUGAUACGGAUAGAAUUGUGAAUUCGUGUCCAAGUUUUCAUGCACUUUGGAGUAUUCCACUUCAGUUAUUAAUCACCUUGUUUUUGCUAUACCAACAAGUGGGCAUUUCAUUCCUAGCCGGUGUUGCAUUCUCAGUCAUAUUGAUUCCUAUUAACAGAGUAAUAGCAAACAAAAUCGGCCAGCUCAGCACAGAAUUGAUGAGGCAUAAAGACACGCGUGUCAGCUUGAUUAGUGAUAUGUUGAAAGGCAUCAGAACUGUCAAAGUACACGUGUGGGAAGAUUAUUUUAUUAAUAAAAUUUCAGAGGCUCGCGGUCUGGAGCUGCGAUAUCUACGCGGUAGAAAGUAUCUGGACGCGAUAUGUGUGGUUUUGUGGGCAACGACACCAGUCCUAGUGGCCGCACUUACACUCGGCACGCACGCGUUACGUGGAGAACCGCUCGAUGCUCCCACAGUAUUCACCACUGUGGCAUUGAUCAAUAUGUUGAUAGCGCCCCUCAACGCGUUUCCUUGGGUUUUGAAUGGAUUGACGGAGGCAUGGGUUUCUGUCAAACGCAUUCAGAAACUAUUGGAUCUUCCAGAUAUGGACCCGGAAGAAUAUUAUGACAGGGUCAAUACAAAUCACGACGAGGACAAAAUCAUUAUAUUCAAGAACGCCUCGUUCGCAUGGGCCAACCCGUCUGUGCGAAAAAAACCACAGCAGCAGAAGACAAGAAAAAACAAAGGAAAGUCUAAAAAGAGACUGUCCAUCCAGCGAAGAGAUUCCGCGUCCUCAGCUGAAGUUCUUGUGCAGGAUGAGCCUUUUACCUUGAAAGAUAUUAGUCUAGAAAUCGGUAAAGGUGAGCUGAUAGGAAUUACUGGCAGUGUUGGAAGCGGAAAAACAUCAUUGCUCCUCGCUAUCAUUGGUGAUAUGGUAAAGAAAAGUGGUGAUAUUGAAAUACCUGAGAACUUAAACGGGUUUGGAUACGUGUCGCAAAAGCCGUGGCUUGUCCGUGGCACCAUCCGCGAUAAUAUUUUGUUUGGGAAACCAUACGAAGAAGUGAAGUUCCACAAUGUUGUCGAAGCUUGUGCUCUCACUGAGGACUUAAACGUGGUGGGAUGGAACGCGUACUUGGGCGAAGGAGGCUGUACGUUGAGCGGUGGACAGCGCGUGCGCAUUGCUCUCGCUCGUGCUGUCUAUCAAGAAAAGCAAGUUUAUCUACUAGAUGACAUUUUCUCCGGAUUGGAUGGCGUCGUAGCUCAACAUAUAAUGCAAAAAUGCAUAUUCGGUUUGCUGAGGCAUACUACUAGAGUGUUGGUCUCGCAUUCGUCUCGACAUCUCGCUCGGGCUAGUACCGUUAUGUUAUUACGGGAUGGAGAAGUCAUUACACAGGGUCCUCCAGAGGUGGUACUGAACGACAAUGAAGAAUAUCUGCCGAGCGAAACUGAGUCGAUAGGCGAAGAACCCGCGCGGCCUAUCGAGAAACCAAAAGACAAUCAGGAUACUAUCAGCCGAAACAGUUUAGAGGAUGAAGAAGCAAUGUCCCAAGGCACAGUGGGAUGGUGGGUGAUCAAACUAUACCUCCGCGCUGUGGGCAUAUUCCUUACAAUCUCUAUUGUACUAUCCCUAAUCAUCAUGCAACUCUCCCAGAACUUCACAUUUCUCUGGCUUACUUUCUGGGUGAAAAGCAGAGGGAAAAACUCCACUUCAGUUGACACACCUCUGGAAGAUCUUCACGAAAAUACCACUCUAAUGGACCAUGGGUUCAACGUCAUAGAUAAUGUUAUACAUACAAUUCUGAACGCAUCAACUGAUACAAGUAAUGCAGUGUCUCCUCUGCAAGCACCAAUUAACGUGACCGUUUACAAUGACAAUUUCUAUCUAGAAAUGUACUUUGGGCUAGCUGGUUUGAAUUUAGUAUUUACGAUCAUAAGAGCCUUUCUCUUCGCUUACGGUGGUGUCAAGGCGGCUGCCAAAGUUCACAGGACAUUGCUGAAAGUUAUCGUUAAGGCCAAAGUGAAAUUCUUCGACGUCACACCAACCGGAAGGAUUAUCAACAGAUUCUCGUCAGACACGUACACGGUUGACGACUCCCUGCCGUUUAUUAUGAAUAUAUUACUGGCUCAGUUCUUCGCGUUGAUUGGCGCAGUAGCAGUGUCUGUGUAUGGCCUACCGUGGCUGUUAGUCGCAGUGCUGCCUCUAGCAGUGAUAUACUACAGGUUGCAGCAAUUGUACCGCGUUACAUCGCGACAGCUCAAACGUCUGCAGAGCGUCACUUUGUCGCCUGUCUACGCUCAUUUUAAUGACACACUUGAAGGUCUGACGACAGUGCGCGCGAUGGGUGCCGCUAGCAGUUGGGGUGACCGCGGGUCGGAGUUGGUCGAAGCGUGGCAGCGUGCGGCACUGUGCGCGUCCGCAGCCUCGUGCUGGCUAUCGCUGCGGCUGCAGGCCAGCUCGAGCAUCGUAGUCGCUGCAGCUGCGUUGCUAGCGGUGCUUCAGCGAGAAUUGCAUGCUGCUGAUCCAGGUCUGGUCGGUUUGGCGAUCUCAUACGCUCUGUCGAUGACGUCGAUGCUGGGCAACGUCCUCAACUCGUUCACGGAGACCGAGCGCGAAAUGAUCGCCGUCGAGCGCGUCGGCGAAUACAUCACGCAGGUUGAAAGUGAAAAAAUAGAUGGCGAAACUCCGCCGUAUGGAUGGCCUUCACAGGGCGUUAUAACAUUUGAAGACGUUUACCUCAAAUAUAGCGGUCGCGAAAACGGCUCUAUGGCGUUGCAAGGCGUGACAUUCUCGAGCUUUCCCGGCGAGAAGCUAGGUGUAGUGGGGCGAACAGGCGCGGGCAAGAGCUCGCUGCUGCACGCCGUGCUGCGGCUAGUCCCGCCCACCAGGGGACGCGUUUUAGUCGACGGCGUCGAUCUCGCCGCUAUACAUUUGCGGGCUCUGAGAUCGCGCAUCGGCAUGAUACCUCAAGAGCCGUUCAUAUUCUCGGGCUCCAUUCGAGAGAACGUGGACCCGCUGAAGCAGUACUUGGACGCGGAAAUUUGGCGCGCUUUGGAAGCGUGCGGGCUGCGGGACGCGGUGGUGAGCCACGGGGGGCUGGUGGCACCUGCUGGAGACUUGUCCCGGGGCCGAGCGCAGUUGAUAUGCCUUGCCAGAGCCGUACUCCAGAGAGCAAAAAUUCUACUAGUUGACGAAGCAACAGCGAACUUAGACCAAGGGACAGAGCGGCUUAUACUCGACACCAUAAAAAGUUCAUUUGCUGGAUCAACUGUUUUGUUCAUCGCGCAUCGCGUCGCGGGCGUUCUAGAAUGUUCCCGCGUUCUAGUGAUGGGGGCGGGGAAAAUGUUAGAGUUGCGCACUCCCGAUGACGCUUUAUCGGACCCUACGUCACAACUCUAUAAACUGGUACACCCCGAUGGACAUUAUGACAGCUAAAUGAUGACGUACUUUAUUUUAACACUGACAAGUUGUAACCUCUCGGUGUUGCCAAAUUU